AUGAACAUUACUGAAGCUGUAUAUAACUCCUUAAUUUCUUUGAAUAAUACCAACAAUUUUUAUAAAGAUAAAAAUGAGAAGUUAAAUAUUGAUUUUAAUAUUGAGCUUUUGUCUCUUCAAAAUUUUCUUUUAAAAAAUAAAUUUUCUAACAAAGAAAAUUUUGAUCUUGAAUUUGGUCAUCACAUAAUUAUGUUAAUCUUAGAUAGUGAUGGAUACUCAUGGAAAGCAUCAAGCCAAACAUCCAGUUUUAGAAAAAUAAAAAGACACAUUUACCUUUUUAGAAAGACAAGUCAUAUUGAAACAUCUCCUGAAAUUAAAAAAUUCAUCAAAGAUAAUAUUUAUUGUUCUUCUUCAGAAAUUUGUCAUCAAGUUUGUGAAAAUCAAAUUAAUAGAUACGAAUAUAUAACUGUUCAACAAAUCUAUUAUUAG